GAUGCCCGCCACGUGUCCCGCGGCACGUGAGACCCCGUACGGGGGAAGCGCAAAAGACCUCGUCGCUGCGGCGCGUCUGGACGGGAGGAGGAUCGGAACGGAACAGAACAGCAAAGCCUCUCUCCAGUUUACUUUGGGUUCGUCCCUCCGGCGGCUGCCUGCAAGGAGCCCGGCUCUGGGGCCAAGGCCGGAUUGGAUGGCUCAUGCCGCCGACGCGAGGUCGCGCUGCGUCGUCGCGGUGCUCUUCGCCGUGGCCGUUUUCCUCGCCUGCUUGCCGCCCGCCGCCACCGCCUCCUCAUCUUCCCGGUCAGCGGCGGCGGCAUUGCAACGAGUCGAGAUGGCGGCCAUGUACACCCCGCAGGACCUGCAGGAGAAGCCGGAUGUGACCAAGGACGCGGAGGAGGACGUGAGCACGACGGGGUUCGGCGCGGAGGAGGAGAGGGAGGUGCCCACCGGGCCCGACCCCAUCCACCACCACGGCAGGGAACCCAGGCGCCGGCAGUCGCCCUGAUCGGCAGAGGAUGAGGAUGCUUCCGUGGGUCCGUUCAUCCAGCGUGAGUGAGCCAUGAAUCAAGAACCAGAUUCUGAUAUGUCCUAUGCAUGGGUGCUCUGCUGAAUCUGCACAUUGGAUUCUGAUUCCAUUGUUGUUGUAGGGUUGUACUACUAAUCAAAGGAAAAGGGGAAGAGCUACAAUUCAUAAUAAGGGUUGUACAAUGAGCUGUUCUUCCCCUAAACAAACUUAUAUGCUAUUCUUAGUUUUGUUACUGCUUGCUUGCCCUCCGUUCCAAAAUAAAUGACCCAACUUUGUACUAAAGUCAUCUAUUUUGGAACGGAGAGAGUAGUUCAGAUACGACUGCGCUGUUGUGUACUUCAAAAUUUUGCAUGGGCACAGGGGCAGCUUUGCCUAAUUAAAAAAUUGUACUGUAGAUGAAUAUGAAAGAGA